CUUGCUUUGAUUCUUUAUUUUCUAUUUUUCACACAAACAUGUCUUGUCUUCACGUUUCCCUUUUCUCUUUUCUCUCUUUUUCUUUGUUUGGAUAGACAUCAUGCGAGAACACGGUGCGAAUCAGCACCACUCUUUCGAGAUGCGCAGACACACUUUACAGCCAGCAAUACCUUCUUCUUCUUCAGCAGCAGCAUCAGCUUCACAAGGACGACGAAAGUCAACCCCUAUGACGAGCGGUGGCGGGGUUGAUCGUCGUAGUCGUCGUCGGUCGUCGCCACACCAUUAUGAGGAAAGACACCAACGACGACACCAGCCAACAGCCGUACCACUGCCACCCCCACAAUUAUCGAUUGCGGAACAGUUUAUGUCGUCAUCGUCGCCGUCGUUGUCGCACAAUGGCACCGGGAGCACGGAUCGAACAAACAUUGUCGCUACCAAGAAAAGAGAAGAGACACCACGCCUUUCAAUUGCUGAACAAUUCAUGUCCCAGAAAGAAAGAAGCGCGACAAGGCAACAGGAGAAAGAGAAAGAAGCAUCGAACGAUGAUACCAAUGAAACUGCAGUCGAGAACCUGGCAUCAUCCAUAGUGCGGUCCACGUCAGCCUUCAGCCGGCUGUUUGCAUCCUUCCAUGUGGGGAGCAGCAGCAGCAAAGUGUCGGACUCACGGCUUUCUCUAGAGUUAGAGUCAGUAUCAACUCGAUCGACGUCGGAUGCUCGUCCUGUAGCCAAAUCUGACCGCCAUCGCCGACGCCACCAGCAGCAGCACCACCACCACCACCAGCAGCGGAGUGUACGCCCUCAUCUACAGAAACAUCAGCAGCACCAGUGCCACUGUCAAUGUAGCAACAACCUCUACAACAACACCACGAAAUAUCUCGACAUAGAAAAAAGCAUCACCCAGGCAGUGCAGGAACAAGACGACAAAGCCACCAAUGCUUCCCGUCGAAAGCGGAAACGACGCACUGUCUGUGUUAUCACAACGUUUGCCAUUCUAAUGGCUGGUGCUAUCACUACAUUUCUGACUUGGCCACGCACACCGCUAUUCCGCAUUGACGGCGCAUCGCUUUUACAGUCACCCAGUAUCACGGAAACACACUUUACCAACGCUGGCAACGUGGCAUUUGAAAGUGCCUGGUCCGUCACAGCUUCGAUUGACAAUCGGCAAAACUAUAUCCCCUUACAUUUCACGAUGGAAACUGUCGUCAAGAGCUCGGGCACAGUCAUCGGUCGCCACCUUCAGCAGCAGCAGCAACAAGAGGGGCAGCAGGUUGAUUUGCCAGCACGCUCUAUAUCCCAAGUCAACAUCCCAGUCUACAUUGAUUACGAGGCACGUCAAGCGUCGGAUCCAAUUUUUUCCAGUCUGCGGCGGGCGUGUGUUGAAAUUUCCCAUGAAGCGCUGCAGCUGCAGUUUUGGAUCACGAUUCAUAUCGCUGGGCUUGAAUGGACAAGCUAUAAUCCGAGCAUCGUCGCAACGCCUGCAACAGGCGGAUUGCUCUGUCCUACCGGUUGA